AUGGAUGGGCUUGAGGUUGUUCCGGAGCAGCAGAAGGCUGGGAAAUACGAGAGCGGACUCGAGGUGGCUCCGGAGCAACACAAAUAUGACAGCGGACUUGAAGUAGCCCCUCACAUGGAAAAGGAAGUCCGGAGGGAUACGGCGGGUUUACACUACGUUUCCGGACCGACAAGUGCAAGCCCUGGCAUAGUUGAAGACGGUCCGCCGGAGACGAAAUCUCCGCGCAAGAGGAUAUGCGGCCUGUCUUCCACGGUCUUCUGGGUGUUGGUAGUAGUCGGCGCGAUUGUGGUCAUUGGAGCUGCAGUUGGUGGUGGAGUAGGAAGUACGGUUUCGAAGAAAACAACCCCCAGCGGUAACAGCGCCGAGCCAGCCACUUCCACAUCUCCCUCUACGGACACGGCAUCAGCCACGUCCUCCGGCCCUGUUACGUCGGGAACGGUAGGCCUCGCUGGGAACCCGUGUCCGCGAGCAAACGAGACAACAGAGCGCGGUUCUGAUGGGUCGCUAUAUACGUUGCUGUGUGGUGUUGACUGGCCAAGAGGCGCGGACGCGGCGACCGGCGGCGGAAAAGUGCAAGAUUUGAGCACUGAAACCGAGUAUACGUUGAACGCCUGCAUUCGUCGAUGUUCAGAAUGGAAUAAGGAUGAGUCGAACAGGCAGGAUUGUAUGGGAGUCGUGUAUUCUGCGAAUUUGACGGCUGCCUUUGAUGGUGGACAGGGGGGGAAUUGUUUCUUGAAGAGUAAGGUCGGGAAUUAUUUCCCUAAUUCUAAUACUUCUGUCGCGGCGGGGAGAUUGGGUUGA